GCGCCUGUAGGAGCGCGGGGCUGCCUGACCGGCGGCCGGGAUCGGACCCGCGGCCCGGCGGCGGCCUGCGCGUGGCGGAAGGUGCUGACACAUGGCUGAAAGUUGCAGAAGAGCAGGACGUGGUCGUGCCCACAGCACACCGGUCGUGUAGUGGAAGAGGCCAGCUGGGAAGAUAGCGCCCUCGGGGGGCUGCCGCUGUGGGGUGGUGGCAGUUCUCCCUGCAGUGUUGAGAAGACCCCACCUGGACUUGAGUGGCAGAGUCUUCACAGGUGUGUACACUGCCAGAAGGAGAGCCUCUCCUAAGAACACAAGCGACGGGCCCACCUGUGCCCUCGGUGCCCUGGCUGCCCGGAGAGCCUCAACCCUGGGCACUGGGCCCUGGGACCCCAGGACUAAGCACACUCCUGCCCCUGCAGCCACAUCUCUUCAUUGGUAUUGAUGUGCUGACUUUGGAGACAGACAGGGGAGGGGUCUGGGCCACGGCUGCUCCCAGGCCCCACCCAGGCUCCUGAGGCCUGGGAGGUGAGCCGAGAGCUAUCAGGGGCUCACAGGGGCUUCUGUGCAUUGGCCCUCCCCUCCCUUCCCUCGGCACAGUGCCAGGAGCUGGAACUUUGUCAUCUGGGUAAUUAGCUUCAGACCCUGGACUGAGGCUGGCCAGAUCUUGAGGUUGCUUCCCACAGGCUGUGCACCCUGACCCCAAGCCGGAGGCAAGGCACUGCCUCUGUGGAGGCCCUGCUGGCUGGGCAGCUGAGGAGCCUACCUGGAGAGCAGGCUGCGGGCGCCUUCCCACGUUGCCCUCCUGCCUGGGGCCCAUGCCCCUCAGUGCUGCCUGCACCUGGUCACGGCGUGGGGCCUCCUAAACCAGAUCUGCCAGGGGCAGAGGGCACUGAGCCUUGGGAAGGGGAUGCCCCCAAGGGUGCCAGUCCAGCCCGCUGCCCCUCCCCUCAGCCUGGCUUGGCUCCCAAGCUCCCUGCCCUGGUGCCCGAGCAGCCCCCGCCAUGGCCGAGCACCUGGAGCUGUUGGCAGAGAUGCCCAUGGUGGGCAGGAUGAGCACCCAGGAGCGGCUGAAGCAUGCCCAGAAGCGACGUGCCCAGCAGGUGAAGAUGUGGGCUCAGGCUGAGAAGGAGGCCCAGGUCAAGCAGGACCAUGGGGAGCAGCCACAGAAAGAGGCAGCUGGCCGAAGGCCCCACAAGCAGGUCCUCUUCCCUCCCAGCGUUGCGCUUCUGGAGGCCGCUGCUCGAAAUGACCUGGAGGAAGUCCGCCAGUUCCUUGGGAGUGGGGUCAGUCCUGACCUGGCCAAUGAGGAUGGCCUGACAGCACUCCACCAGUGCUGCAUUGAUGACUUCCGCGAGAUGGUGCAGCAGCUCCUGGAGGCUGGGGCCAAUGUCAACGCCUGCGACAGUGAGUGCUGGACGCCUUUGCAUGCCGCAGCCACCUGCGGCCACCUGCACCUGGUGGAGCUGCUCAUUGCCCGUGGCGCUAAUCUCCUGGCAGUCAACACCGAUGGGAACAUGCCCUAUGACCUUUGUGAGGAUGAGCAGACCCUGGACUGCCUUGAAACUGCCAUGGCCGACCGCGGCAUCACCCAGGACUGCAUUGAGGAGGCCCGAGCUGUGCCAGAGCUGUGCAUGCUGGACGAUAUCCGGAGCCUGCUGCAGGCUGGGGCCGACCUUGAUGUCCCUCGGGACCAUGGGGCCACGCUGCUCCAUAUUGCCGCGGCCAAUGGGUUCAGCGAGGCGGCUGCUGUGCUGCUGGAGCAUCGAGCCAGCUUGAGCGCCAAGGACUGCGACGGCUGGGAGCCGCUGCACGCAGCAGCCUACUGGGGCCAAGUGCACCUGGUGGAGCUGCUCGUGGCACAUGGGGCCGACUUGAAUGGAAAGUCCCUGAUGGACGAGACGCCACUUGACGUGUGUGGGGACGAGGAGGUGCGGGCCAAGCUGCUGGAGCUGAAGCACAAGCACGACGCACUCCUCCGCGCCCAGGGCCGCCAGCGCUCCCUGCUGCGCCGCCGCACCUCCAGCGCCGGCAGCCGUGGGAAGGUGGUGAGGCGGGCGAGCCUGACCCAGCGCACCAACCUGUACCGCAAGGAGCAUGCCCGCGAGGCCAUUGUGUGGCAACAGCCAUCCACCAGCCCGGAGCCGCCUGAGGACGAUGAAGACAGACAGACGGAUGCUGAGCUCCAGCCGUUGCCUGCAGAGGAAGACAACCCUGAGGUGGUCAGGCCGCACAAUGGCCGUGUAGGGGGCCCCCCAGGGCGGCACCUGUACUCCAAGCGGCUAGACCGGAGCAUCUCCUACCAGCUGAGCCCACUGGAGAGCACUGCCCCCCAUGCCCUUGUCAGGGACAAGGCCCACCACACUCUGGCGGAGCUCAAGCGUCAACGAGCCGCCUCCAAGCUGCAGCGACCCCCAUCCGAGGGGCCUGAGGCCCCUGAGUCUGGCCUGCCUGCUGACACCGAGACCCCUCAGCCCGACUGUGCCUUCAGGACGGGUGGGGACCCACCUCUGCUCAAGCUGACAGCCCCUUCAGAGGAGGCUCCUGAGAAGAGGCCCUGCUGCCUGCUCAUGUGAGGGCUGCCAGCUCAAGGUGGCAGGGGUCCCGUCCCCAGGCCACUCAGAGGUUGCCUUGUGACCCCUUCCCUGGAGUCCUUCCCAGUGCCCUGGUGCUGCAGGUGGGCAACCACCAUGGAGCUUCCCUGGCUCCCACUACCCAGGACACUGGCUGCCUCUCAGGGAUGGACCUGUGGGAGAAGCCGUACUUGGGGUCUCCAGCUGCAGACUUUUUAUCCAGUGAUUCUUGAUAAAGGGCUGUUUUUGCCACCAA